CAGACUCACUUUCUCUUCUUGUUUAUUGUACUUUUCCUUGUAUCUGAUGCUUUCUUCUCUUUUUCUUAAUAUAGGCCACAGGGUUCUUAGCUCUGUACAGCCAUUCUGAGGUGGUUGGUAUAAACAAUUCUGUAGUACAGUUUGAUCUUUAAAUGCAACUGAGAAACUUCUGUGCAUAGCUGGCUUGUUAUAUUUAUCCCUUUUUGAUCUUAAUAACUAGACAAAUUUUGUGUGUUGCUUGAAGAAGGGGGGGGGGGGAAUCAAAUUUCUCUUGCAAUGAAUACAUACAUGUAAGAUGGAUCAAAUUUAAGACUUUUACUGCCCAGGAGGAUCUACCCUCCCACGCCCCUUUGCAAUAAACAAAUGCAAAACAAAGAUCUUAAAAGUCAACUGAAGACACAGGCUGCUUCGUUUGCUCAGGCCUUCUCGUUCCCUCUUUUUAUUUUGCUCUAUUUCAGAUAAACUUCCUUUUUUCACAUCAUUCAAACUCAGGAACAGCCUUAUAUUUUCCUUUCUUUUGGCACAGUUUUGUUUUGAGACUCUGAUUUUCUCUCCUGUAAGGACAUGUAAUGACUUGGAGCAGUCUGAAAUAAACAGCAUGCUCAACAGUGCGACUGGAGUUGGGUCUAGUAGAGAAUUAUUUUUGUGGGUUGGCUCUGUGUUAUGAAUGUUGCUUAGAAAGGAAAGAAAUUACAUGCAGUAGAAACAGUUUAAACGUGCUUUAUUGUUAUGUUAUGUGCCUUUAUUGAUAAACUGUUACUGGAAAUGGCUGGCCCGUAAGCUUUUGGGGUUUAGGGAAAAGAUAACAGAGUUUCAGUUUUCUUUUUGUUUUCAUUUGUCCACACCGUGGAUGUGCUGCUUUCUACUUUUUCGGCUAGAAAAGGCUAUCGCGCUGCCACGUUUGUGCUCAUGUGUUCUCCUCCUUUGCUGAGCUGAAGUAACAGCCAGUGCUGCCUUCAAUGUUUUGUGAUUCUGGAGGUAACACAAAAUGAGUUCUGCCGUUGUAGAAAAGCAUUUUAUUUUUUAAUGUUUUGAAGUGUAAGUUGUAAGGCACGUUGAAGGGGGAGGAAGCUGAAGUGGCAACAGCAGUCAGCUGGGGCACACAGAAUUACUGUGGAUGCUUGUCUUCUUCCUGGGUAGUGAUUUUGUAGGAUAAUUACUUACGCAACAUCCAUAAUAGUUACUCUGGACACCGGGAUUGGAAAAAUAAAUGACUGAUAAUGUUGUAUCUGUGCUUUUGUUUGCCAUCCUCUGCUGCUUGCAUAUAUGAGCAAGAGAUGUCUGCAAAUCUGCAUUGUUCCUGGACUGACGGUGUACGUCUCUGCUGCAAAACUUGCUGCUUGGCCUUCAUGUAGGGGUGCGUGGUCUUGGCCCUUUGUUAGGAAGUAUGUUGUUGCCUGCCUUCUAAUUUGUUCAAGCAAAUGGGAAAAUAAGAAAAAAAAAAUCUUUUUGUGUUUGUGUACAGGUGUGAGUAGGUCUUUUGGACCAAUAGCAAAAUCUCUUUAGAGCUUGCAUAGCACUACAGCACUGAGUUCCCUCAUCUCAAAACAGGGUUUCAGGGUAGAUAAACCAAAAUAAGAUGUAGAAAAUCCUCCUAAGGUUUCAGAGAAAUAAUUUGCUUCAUGUUGUAAAUAUCCUUGGAAGUAUGGUUGUUGUUCUCAGAGAUUUACAGUAUUCUGUUCAUCAAAGUUACAUUCCACAAACAUACGUAUGUGCAGUGAUUUAGUGUUAAAACUGUGGUAUUUUUUAACCUGGAUGUGACUUGCUCUUCUGGAUCUGCAGCUGCUUGUUGGAUAUGUGUUAACUUGACAAAGAACCCUGCUUUUUUCUGUGUGUGUGUGCGAUUUCAGACAAACCUGCUUUUAUAGAAGAACAGUUGCUAAGGGCAAGGCAAAUUGUUAGUGACACGCAUAAAAGUAAAAUAUUUCUUAAUGUUUUACAGGGUCAGGAGAAUUUGGAACUCUUGUUUUUUAAAGCUAGGUGAGAAUUCUUUAAAUAUCAGAGGAAUACUGUGCAGUCAUUUUCCAUACGUCUUUCUUAAGGAGCAGUAUUUUGUUUGGUUAUGAAACUUUAAAUAUCGUUUGAAUGCAGCUGUUUUGCUGUAAUGAGAGGUGUCCUGUGGCAUACCUUUUGAGACUUAAUUUUCAGCAUCGUUAAUGCCACCUUUCUUCUUUCCCAGGAAGAAUACUUUUAUUUUCUUCCUGCUUAUGAGCAGAGGCGCUCCCUCCCUGGAGAGAGGCUUUCGGAAGGAUGCGGAGGCACCAGGAUUUAGGGCCUGGAGCUAGAGAUGAGCGGCCUAGCGCGAACCUGCGCGGGCACCGCCCGUUCGGACGGGAGCUCAAUUAUCCAGGAAAAUCUUAUCCUCUGUAAAGGCGAGGGACACCGUCCGUGGGCGGCAGGACCCUAACCUGAGCCGUGCUGGGCCGUGUGUUCAGCGGCGGGGGCCGGGGGAGACGCGCCCCCCUCCCGUUCAGCCUGAGGCUUGGCUCUGGCGGGGAGUCCCGGGGGGGGUGUCCCCGCCGCCGGCCGCCCGCCCGCGGGGGGAGGCGACCCGGUGCGGGGCGGGCGCUGCCGGGCCUCCUCCCCGCCGCCGGGCCGGGCCGAGGGGCCGCCGCGGGCCCCAUGCGCAGGCCGCGGGGCGCCGGCCCGCCGGGGGGGCUCCUGGUCGUGGGGAAGGGACUAUCCAGAGGUUCCACAAAUCAGUGCCUUUCUGGAAAAAGUGGAGAAUCUCUUCCAGCAGUUUUUGCAAGAAAUGUGCAGGAAGCCAUCGACAAUUAUACUGGUGAAACGCUUUCAUCACUUUCAUCUAGUGGUUGUACAACACCCACGGAGUUGAAUAAUUCUUGGUCUGGAAUAAACAGCUAUGCUACCGGUUUGUCUAGUGAAAGAAGUUCAGUUUACUCCUGGAGGGAUGAUGAAUUUGAUAAAGCCAACACACAGAGAGUGCAUCAGUUACUUUGGGAGAUCGAUGAGAUGCUGUUUGAAGGAAAAGUGACCUCCCAGACUCAGAGUCUGCAGGCAGAAUGUGCAGACUGGGUUGACCAAUUUCCUCAUCUAAGGGUUCUUGGAAAGCAGCUCCUAUUGCCGAAGGAUGAAGGCUUUCAGCAUUUUCAGAGCAGAAGUGAUAACUUUGUGGAUGCUACGUGUUUACCUGGCCUCCAUGAAUCUACUAGUAAUAUAAAAGAGCUCUGCAUUUCAGGCUCUAAACUGAUCCCUACAGUAUCUCCAAUACAUAAAUUACCAGACACAAGUUCUACUAGGAUUUCUGCCUCUGACUCAUCCAUGUAUUCAUUCCUGGAAGAAGAAAUCUAUGAUGUGGAUGGAGAAAUAGAAGAAUAUCUUGCCUUUGACAACAAGGAGCUUGAUGAUGCGAGCUGGGAACAAAAGGAAAUGCGUCUUGCUGAGAAAAGGAGUAAGCGUGGCAUUCCUCCUGUUUCUCCCAAUGCCUGUAUCAAAGAUGCCGUGGCUUCUGAAGUAUUUGAUCAUGUCUGGAGCAGUGUAAUUGGAAUAUUGGAGGAACUGAUUAAAAAAAAUUGGGAAACUAGUAUCACAGAGUGUGACAAACAGGUACAAAACCUGAAAGCUGUUACAGUGAAACUUCCACAUUUGCCAGCUGUUCGUGUUACAGCAGAUGCUAGGAGCAUUCCUCUUUCGAGAGGCUCAGAAGCACGAAGUGCAUCUUUUGGGUCUCAUUUUGUUUCGUCACAGGUUCACCGUUUUUCCAGCAACUUUUGUAGCGAUUUGAAUGGUGUGAUGACAAUUCAAGCAAAGCCACUCCAACAGAGGCAUGUUGCCACAGUAGAAAAAACACAGAAUGAGCAAGAAGACAAACAACAUAGCAUUGGCCCCAGUGCUCCAAAUUCAGUGUGCGCUAGGUUGGAGAAGAUUGCUGGUAACAGUGUUCUUUCAUCAUCUCGGGUACUGCUGACAUCUUCCAGGAAGCUGCCAAGCCAUAAGUUACCUUCUCUCACUUCUGACCAACUCUCCUCAAAAGCUCCCAAUACGUACAGUGAUCAAGUCCUUAGGGGGACUAAAUUGAGUGGCAGCUCGGAUCGUUUGUCUUCUGCUCGUGCACCUACAACCCGGAACAAGUUACCACCAAUAAACUCAGAAGCUGUCGAACAGUAUCUUUCAGUACCUCGAUUGCAGCAGAGCUCUCAUCGAGGACGAUAUGGUUGUAGCAGACUGUCAAGUGCUGUGCCUGGCAGUACCGAGGAAUGGCGGCUCACAGGAAGAACUGUUAUUGAUCAGUUUUCAAGGCCCAACACAACUCACACGUUCAGGGUAUGUUACAAUACAGACACACUUCAGAAGAGAUCGCUGACUCCCAUGGAUUUUGUGAACCACAAAGGGACAGGUCAAGGAUUUUUGAUAGGCUCACAGCAUUACUACAGAUCAUUUCAGAGAAAUCCUCUAACCUCAAGGAAGAGAUUUCAGAUUGCAUCUUAACUCAGUUGAGGAAGAAACAGAAAAAAACCCUGCAGUGAAUGAAGACUGAAGCACUAAAUUUGCCAGCUAGUAUCUCGUGUCACAAAGAAUGUGUGCCGUGUGCUGGCUUCUGCUGUGCCUUGCAACCCUCAGGAUGCCUGCAUUGCCUUCUUUUAAAGUUGUCUGACCAGAGGUUAGAUUAAAAGUUAGAGUAAAAUGAAAUAAGUGGUUGAGGCAUCUGCUCUGUUUGCAGCUUCAAGAUGCUGCUGCACUUUCUUCUCAGGCAUUCCUCCUUUUCCAUCUUUCCUUAGGAAAUUGUUAUUCUCCAUAUUGAAGCAAGUUAGUUACAUUUAGGCCAUGAAGUCCUGUUCCCACUUUUUUUCCUGUUUCCUCAGUGUUAAAGAUGUUCUAGUCUAUCCAAACAUCAGUCAUACACAGAAUUUAUACUUUUAAACAGGAGUCUGGUAUCUCCUUGUUAACUGAUGUUUUAACAUUUCUCCAUUUUUCACUCCGCGUAUUGCACUUGUUCUCUUGUAAAUAUUCUGUCCCUGCUUUUUCUUCUUCCUUUGAUUCUUUUGAGAUGAAAUUAAUUCAUUGCUUGUACUUAUGCUUUCUAAUUGUCAGUAACUAUGGGAACUGCUGGGGUAAACUUUACCUCCUGUAAAUAAAGUUUUCCCUGCUAGGCCAAACGUAUUGAUAGAUGCAGAGCAAUUGAACCUGCAGGCUGACAAGGUGGUAAGACUGUUCCCACUUCUUGAGAUGUCUUAUAAAAUAUUGCCUGUUAUUGUGGAAAUUAAUCAUAUUUUGAAAUAUCCGAGCCUUCAAAGUUUUAACUUUAAAAUGUGUACUUCACUGAUGAAAGCAUUAUUUCAUACCUCUCUGUAUAGACCCAAAUGGGAAGAUCAAAGAGGAGACUGGGGUUGCUUUCUGCUCAGAGAUUACAGCCCCGAUCAGGUCUGUGCUGUUAGUACUGUGUGCAUUCACAGUCAGGGGUUCCUCCUGCCCUCAGAGAGCCAGCAGUGUAAGUUGAUGUGACUGAAGAGCUGUUGAAGGGGAAAGGGAAGAGGACAGAAACUUAAUUAUUUGCCCAAAUGAUGCAGUUAAGUAUAGAAUCAGUUUCUUCUACUUGGUAACUAAUGCCACUUCUCCUCACUUCCUUUUAUGAAUGUUCAAGGAUUGGUAAUCUAAGGCAAAACAUUUGUCGUAAUGUAUAUAUCUGUACUGUUAAUCAGAUUUCUGGGUUUUGUAAAUGGACAUCAAGCACUGCGUUCUUUUGAGUAAAUGAAAACAUUUUAAAAUUA